ACAAUAAUUUGACAUUUGGGUGUUUGAGUGAAGUUUGUGUAGGUAUGUAUUGAGAGAGGAGACAAGAAAAUGGGUUGAAGUUGGAGGGUAGACGGUAGUAGCUAGAUGAAAGAGUAUCUCUCUUGGGAGAGAAAGGGAGAGAGAGAGAGUGAGGAAAUUUAGAGACAGAAAAACAGACACACAACACAAAGAUAUUUAAUAAAUAAAUAAACAAAAAAAAAACUGCUCAUUUUCCUUUUCCUUUUCUUUCUCACACUUUUCUUCUUCUUCUUCUUCUUCUUCUUCUUCUUCUUCUUUACACACUCACUCUUCUCAUAUGAUACCAUGAAUUCAAGAAAAAGAGAAGAAGAAGACGAAGAUCUUUUCCUCCCAGUUCCACCGGAUCUAAUUGUACACCCUCCACACCAGAUCCCAACACCACCACCACAACCAGACCCUUCCUCUUUCUCUCUCUCCGAAAUUGUUCUCUUCCCUUCCCCUUCCUCCUCCGAUUCACCUCCGAGUCACUCCUCCGCCGACUCACCACUACCGAGUCACCAACUCCCCACCACAACAACCACCACCACAACCACCACCACCACAACCACAAAUAAACCCUUAUUCAUAAGCCCUGACUCACACAUCUCCUCUCAAUUCUACACAUUCAAUCCCGACUCUCACUCUCUCAUGAUCAACUGCCUCCUCCAAAACCGUCUCGCUACUCCCUCCGAGAUCCGCGACGCUACUCCACGCGCCGUCCUUAAAUCAUGGCGAAAUGUUUGGAAAGACCGUAACGAAGAAACCGCUUAUCUAACCGCAUGGAAACGAAUCCAAGACAAAUUAACAGCGCGUGUUGAUCAAAACGGUAAUCACUUCCUAUGUUUCAAAAACAACACGAAUCAAUUCGUUUCGCAUGUUAAUCAAUGGCAAGACAUUGUUAUGAAUUUUCAUAGUGACACUGAUCUUAAACAUUUAGGUGUUAAAGAUACUGUUGAUAGAAUUAAACAGGUUUGGACUGUUGGAGCUAAGUUUUAUGGUAUUCCUGAGAGUUAUAUUCGUGUUUGUAUUGCCGCUUGUCAUGUUUGCUCCGGGGCAGCGUCAGGAUCUAAUGUUACUGACGCUGCCGCGGCUGCUAGGAACAAGCGGCGGAGAUUUGAGUAUACGGAAUCUUUUGAUGUGCCUGCUAAGGAAGUUCCUAGUAGGUUGCAACAACUUGCUGCUAAGCAUAAGGUUGUACUUUGUAUUAGGCAGAAGUAUAUUAGGUAUAAGCCUUUUAUGGCUGAGGUUAAGGAUUAUGCUUGUCAUAGAGCGGGACAACCUGCUGCUGCGAAGAAAUCGAAGAUUUUGAAGAGGGAGCCUUAUGCUUCUAAGAGAUGUGGAUGUGGGUUUAGGAUUAGGGCUAUUGUUCCGAUUGCAAAUUAUAAUGAGAAGGAUAAGAGUUUUGUUUAUGAGGAAGAGGGGAUGGCGGUUUUUAAAUUGUAUGCUGUGCAUUCGGGGCAUGAACCGGGACCGUUGGAUGGGAAUGCUAGGAUUAUGCAUAGGGUUGUUGGACAUAAAGGUGGGUAUUUGAUAGAUCAGGACUCGGUUGUGUAUGGGGUGAAUGAGGAAAUGGACAAUGAAGGGUUUGGUUUGAUGGGGAAAGAUGAUGGGGAUUUGCAGUUUUCGGUUUUGCAACAGGUGCAGGAGUUGAGAGCUGAAGUUGGGAUGUUGGAAGGGAGGGUUUCCAAGAUUCCGCAGGAAUUGUUGGGUUCAGUUUCCAGGGAUUUAUUUGAUGUUGUGAAUAGAAUUAGGAAUAUAGGAGAAGUGGGUUUGAAGCCGAUGGGGUUACUUCCGACGGAUAAGUCACAUGCAGAUGAUGUCUUGGUUGGGGAUAAUGAUCUUGCAAACUGGAGUAAUCAUCACCACGAAAGGAUUUACGGGGACGGCAAGGACACAGAGCUGAUUGAGGAUGAUGAAGAUAGUUUCGGCCGCACUUUGGGAGAAGUCGUUUCUUGGGGGGAGCAUAUUGGGACUGAGUGCAGAAGUCAGAAGGAUCUGAUGAGUGAUACUUGUAAGCCAGAAAAGUGGUUGAAAUGCAGUGACUUUGAUGAUAAGAGCAUCCUUGAUUGUGAGGAUACUAAACUAACUAAACCCAUCAGACACGACGAGGCUAUAGUUUCAGAUGUAGGUCUUGGUUGUAUACAGGUUGAUAGUUUUUACCAAGACAAUUCUAAAUGGUAUGAUUCUCCUUGUGCUUUGGGUACUGGUGGAGAUUGUGAGGAUACUGGAUUCCGUCAUGGAGAGAUUUUAUAGUGCCAUGACCGUCCAAGUUAAUCCACUCUAACCUAGAGAUCAGAAUCACUGUAGCUAUGUACCCCUUCCGACAAAUAGAAGUGGGAUUGUACAUUAUGUAUACAGAAGAUUGGAGCUUCUCAACAUGCCAUUUAGGUGUAUUUAUUUUGUGUGAUUCUGUAAAGUAUGACCAACUAUGCUUCUUGCACAUAACUUUGUUAUGAAUAUGGCUAUAUUUUGUUGACAUUCCUCUCUCCCAGUCUUUAGAUUCUUUAUCUUAGUCCUUUUUAUGAUGCACAUCUGUGCUUUUAGUGGUCUGUUUUUGAACUUACGAUAGUUUUGUAUGUAUUAUGAGGAGCCACUGGUGAUUUAUUUCCAUACGGUGUUUUGAACUUUUUCUUUA